AAAUAACCUGGCCACAGGGUAUAAACUCAGGGGAGCUGGGGAGAGAGGCCACUGCCAGGCAAAGACUCCUUCCUGACAGCCGCGGAAGAUCCUGUGCCACCCCCCGGCCAAGAUGAAGCUGCUGUGGCUGUGUCUGGCGCUGAUUCUGAUCUGUGCCCAAAAGCGAGGAGAUGCGCACAGCCACUCGGAGGUGUCCCAGAUUGCAGGAGAGUGGUAUUCUGUUCUGUUGGCCUCUGACCACAGGGAAAAAAUAGAAGAAAACGGUAGCAUGAGGGUUUUUGUGGAAUACAUUCAUGUCUGGAAGAACUCUUCUCUAUCCUUUAAGUUCCAUACACUUGUAAAUGGAAAAUGUACUGAAAAUUUUUUAACAUGUGACCCAACAGAAGACGACCGUGUAUAUACUGUUGAGUAUGAUGGACACAAUGUCUUUAGAAUCCUUGACGUGGUCCCUGAUGACUAUAUUAUUUUCCAUCUCAUAAAUCACAACAAUGGGGAAAGUUUCCAGCUGAUGAAGCUCUACGGCCGAGAACCGGAUGUGAGAUCGGAAAUCAGGGAAAAGUUUGUGCAGUUGUCUCAAGAACGUGGAAUUGUUGAGGAAAACAUACUGGACCUAACCAAAGUCGAUCGCUGCCUCUACGCCAGAGACGGCGGAGCUGCCUAAGCCUUCAGCACCAAGUGCAUGCGUCCCCGCCUGGGGCUCCAGCUUCCCUCUCCAGCCCCCAAGGCCUCCUGUGUCAAGUGCUGAGGCCUGAUUCCCAUCACUAGGCAUGCACGCUGCAGCUGCAGGAGCGUCCCUGGUUGCCGUCAAUCCACCAGCAAUCAAAGAUUGUCUCGGGAUUUCUGACUCUGCCACACCCAGGGGAAGCCUGCAUGCACAAACUCUCCCUCUGCACACUCAAUAAAUGAGCCGCCUUGCAUCGA